CGGGAGUCCAGACAAUGCGCUCGCGGUGAAGUUUGGCAAUGAUAGAGUCCUGGUGAGGUCGCGUCGCUUGCAGUGCACACUGCCUGUUUGAUACAGCUGCUUAAGUGUGUUAGGAAGAGCAAAAGUCAUGGACGAGACGCGUCUCGCGGUUUGUUUUCUAUCCUUCCUGACGCUCUGUCUGGAUUUGGGAUUCACUUUCGGACAGAAUAAAGACACCGAGUUCACCUUCCUUCUGCCUGCUGGAGCAACCGAGUGCUUCUUCCAGACGGCCACCAAGAACAGCAGCAUGGAAGUGGAGUACCAGGUGAUCGCAGGCUCAGGACUGGACGUGGGCUUCACUCUGAUCUCCCCCCGGGGGUACAGACUGGUCUCAGACUUCAGAAAAUCUGACGGCAUCCACACUGUUGACUCCACUGAGGAGGGCGACUACCGGAUCUGCUUUGACAACAGCUUCAGCCGUAUAUCGGAGAAGAUGGUGUAUGUGGAGGUGAUCAUGGAUGGACCAGAAGGAGAGGAUGAGGAUGAUGAAGACUGGGCUGCUUUGGCUGAACCUGAGGACUCACUGGAGUACAAACUGGAGGAUAUCAGGGACUCGAUGGACGCAGUGCACAAGAGCCUGGAGCGAAGCCGUCAGCUUCAGACGACACUGCGGGCGUUCGAGGCUCGUGACCGAUACCUGCUGGAGGAUAACCUUUGGCGCGUCUCCUUCUGGUCCUGCGCCAGUCUGCUGGUGAUGAUCAGUGUGGCCCUCACACAGGUCUACACGUUACGCAGAUUAUUCAACGACAAACACAAAGUUUGCACAUAGCAGAGUUGAACACUGUAACACCCAAUGCACUGCUUAUGCCAAAUAUUAAAAGGAUGGAUUCUGGACACUCUCAGGUCCUAACUAAACACUCUAUAAAACUGUGAGGUCUUUAGAGAUAUCAGUGAAAUCUUGGAGUAUUAGUUAAACUUGUUUUAGUUUUAAUAAGAAGAGUAUGUAGCAGCAAACACUGGUGAACACAACAUUUAUUUGAAUCACUGUACAGACAUUUGAAUGUGAAUCUAAUUUGGAUUUGACUUUUAAAACACUGCAGUUAAAAUCAUUUAUGUGACUUAAUAACAUUUGCUAGUAGAUUCCUUAUAGGAUUAUGUGGUAUAAAUAAAAAAAGAAAUAAUGCAA